UUGAAUUUUAGUGCGUUCGCGAACAGCCUUACAAAACGUUGUGCUAUGAACGGAAGCGGAUGCCAAGAGGAAAACUACAUGAGCCAAAGGCACAGUGAACGCUGAGGCAAGAGGAGAACAGAGCAAAAGAAAAGAAAACAGUGGAAAAUCUAAAAAUGUUAGCAUACUUUUUCGAGUACUCACUACUGAAGAACGUUAGUUAAUCGAAUGCUUGGCGCAUAUCAAAACGAAUCAAUGCCCAACCACAAAUAGUUCAACGGAAAAUAUGACCCAGUUCCAAGCGGGAUUAUACUUCGUGCACAUAAAGUAAUAUAUACUCUGACUGGCAAUAGAAUGCCAUAAAUGCAAUUUGCAUUUGCAUUUGCUCUGCAUUCAUGCGACAUGCGACUUGCGACAGGCGACGCGAGCAGUGAGCAACAAUAAAAUUUAACAAUUUUCAUAGCUGUACGUGAAAUGUGAAUUGCUCAACUUGUGUGCAUUUGUCGCAGUUUAGUGCAUACUACAACAAUUACAGUGGAACAUAAAUAUGUACGACAGUGAGUGCGAGUGUGUGCGUGUAAUACUUCAGUCGAGCAGCAGCCCCAAAAGUUACCCUAGCUGGCUGCUCUUUUAACCAGCACAGCUGAUUGUCAAGCGAGAGCAGCAUAGCUUUCAGCGAACAUGUUGGCUUGUUUGGUUUGAGCCAGAGAGCCAGCACCACCAGCACCAACAGCAGCAGCACCACCCUCCCCCCAGUCAACCCACCACUCUGCCAGUCAGUGAGUGAGUGAGUUUCGCCUGCUGGCUAACGUAACGGGUUUCAAGACACGCACGCCACACGACAAAGUACACGUAAUACAGCCAUAAUCAAAGGUAGCCGUAGCCAUCGCCGUCGCCGUAGCCGUAGCCCAGGUCAACAGCUCCAACUGGCACGCACGUGUGUGUCUGUGCAAUUUUAGUUAAGCAAAAAAUAUGAAGCUCUCGGACACAAUGGCGACACCGAUUGAGGAAAAGCUCGAUCAAAACUUAAAGGUGAGGUCUGGCAUGGUUCAUGUCAGCGAUGGCAAAAGCAGACCAGAGCCCCUCCGACUUAGUCUAACAAUGGAAUUGUUGACCUUGCAAAAGUUGGAAAUUGUUACGCCAACAAGCUCGCAGCACAAUGGGCCGCCAAUGGAAUCCAAGGAGCGAAUGGUGCAAAUAACGAGACAGAAACAGGGCGGCUUGGGCCUGAGCAUAAAGGGCGGCGCUGAGCAUAAGUUGCCCAUAUUAAUAUCGCGCAUCUACAAGGAUCAGGCGGCAGACAUUACAGGUCAACUGUUUGUGGGGGAUGCCAUCAUCAAGGUGAAUGGCGAAUAUAUAACGGCCUGUCCGCACGACGAUGCAGUCAACAUACUGCGCAACGCCGGCGACAUUGUUGUCCUCACUGUGAAGCACUACCGCGCCGCAACUCCGUUCCUGCAGAAGCAACUGACAAAGGAUACGCCCGAUUCCGACAACGAUGUCACCUGUGCCGAGCUAAAGGCAGACGAGGGCUACAAGUCCUCCGUGAACAGCGGCACCAUCAGCCGCAGCUGCAGUCGGCCAAUGUCAAUCUGCUCGGAGCCCGAGAAGCGCUGGACCGACGUGGUGGCAGUGCCCCUAAUGAUGGCCUAUGUCACGCGCUACAUCUACGGAACGGACAAGCUGCGUCCCAACGCCUUCGAGGUGCGCGGCCUGAACGGCGUCACCACCGGGGUCAUACACUGUGAUGAGCUGGCGAUACUCAGCCAGUGGCUCAAGCUAAUAACGGACAAUGUUGUGGGCCUAACACAUUUGCAGAUGAAGCUCUACAAUCGCAACUUUGCUGUGGGCGAGCGCAUUGAGUACAUGGGCUGGGUCAACGAGGGCGUUAUCAAUAACAAUAUCUCAUGGCAGAGCUACAAGCCCAGAUUUCUAUUGCUCAAAGGCACAGAAGUAAUGCUAUUCGAAACACCUCCGUUGAAUGUGGCUGGCAUCAGCAAGGCUCUGGUGGUCUAUAAGGUAUAUCAAACCAUGUUUCGCAUCGUCAAGGAAUCGGAGACCGUGGACAGUCGACAGCAUUGCUUCCUGUUGCAGAGCUCCGGCCACGAGCCGCGAUAUUUGAGCGUCGAGACCCGCCAAGAGCUGCUGCGCAUCGAGAACAGCUGGAACGCGGCCAUAGUGACCAGCGUUAUAAAGCUGGGGCGCAAGACUUUUGCCGUUUCACAUCACGGCAAGAGCGGCGGCCUGACACUUGACUGGCAGGCGGGCUUCUCAUUGACAGAGGGCGCCGAUGCCAGCAUGGUCUGGCAGUACAAGUUCUCACAGCUGCGCGGCUCCAGCGACGAUGGCAAAUCAAAGUUGAAGCUACAUUUCCAGGACAACGAGACGCGGGCCAUAGAAACGAAGGAAUUAGAGUGCCAGGUACUGCAGAGCUUGCUCUUUUGCAUGCACGCAUUCCUCACCGCCAAGGUGGCAUCUGUGGAUCCGGCAUUCCUGAGCUCCAUACAGCAGACCUAAGCUUGGCUCGAUACCACAUCAUGAUACGCAAAAUCAAAAGUAAUCUUUGUGUAGGCUAAGCAACUGAAAGUUGUAUUUCAAAAAUACACAUCAAUUAUAUGAGAACAUAAGUUAUUUAUCGGAUAUACAAUAUAUGCAAGCUAUAACUAUGCAUAUAUAUAAAAAUAUUUAUAUACGUGUAUGUAUUAUGCGAACGUAAGUGGAAUUAGUUAAAUUAGCUUAAAUAUUGAGUUAGAUUUGAUAUACUGAUAUAGUUACUUAAAUGUAAACAUCAACUUGCAUACACACACACACACACACACACACACACACAUAAUAUAAUAUGUAGAAGGAAACGGAAUGAUAAACUUAAUGUGAAAUC